UGCUGCCUUCAGUUUCUGCAUUCAGACGUGAAGAAACGAUGUAAACACCAGAAAAAUUACCAUAAAUUCACACAUGGCUUUUAAACAAUGUGGACAUGUGUCGCCAAACUCUUUGCUCUACUUUGUGUUUUUCGUCUUUAUAGGACUCUGCCUUCAAUUCAAGCAGAGAAACACUCGCUGUAUUACAUUUACACAGGUUUGUCCAAACCUGUCGAUCUGCCGGGCAUCUAUGAAUUCACUGCUAUGGGUCUCCUAGAUGACAGACAGAUCGACUAUUACAAUAGUGAAGAACAGAGAAAUAUUCCCAAACAGACCUGGAUGAAGGAGAAAAUGCCGGAGGAUUACUGGGAAGAAGACAAAGAGUUUACAAAGAGCAAAGAACAGUGGAUUAGGUUGAAUAUCUUCUCUCUGAUGAAAUGCAUGAAACAAAAUGAAUCAGAUCUUCAUGUUCUUCAGUGGAGACACGGUUGUGAAGUUGAGCAGGGAUAUGAACCAAAACGCAUUAAUGAGUACUGCUAUGAUGGAGAGGACUUUCUGUCUUAUGAUUAUCAGGAGUCUCAAUGGGUCGCCCCAGUUGACACUAAUUUAAUAUCCAAGUGGAAAUGGGAAAAUGUGCCGAUCUUAAAACAACACACAGCAGACUACCUGAAAAUGGAGUGUGAGGUCUGGCUCAAGAGAUUCAGAGAAUAUGCAGAUGAGGAGCUCAGAAAAGCUUCUCUUCCAGAUGUUCACAUGUUUGCAAGGAAAUCCAGGAAUGAAACCCAGCUGAAACUCAUCUGUAUGGCCUCCAGCUUCUACGCCAAAGACAUGAUGAUGACCAUUAGGAAAUAUCGCACACCUCUGCCUGAGAUAACAUCCACUGAAAUCAGACCGAACCCUGAUGGGACCUUCCAGAUACAGAAGAGUGUGGAGAUUAGUGAGGAUGAAGAAGCAGAAUAUGACUGUUUUGUGACCCACAAGAGUAUGGAAGAACCAAUUAUCAAAAAAUGGGAUGGAAAAUGCCUGGACUGCCCAACAGACACUUUCAUAGUUAUUAUUGGAGCAACGAUCGGAGGUUUCCUUCUGCUGGCAAUUGUUUUAGUGUUUUACAUCAAACACAAGAAAUGCCUUAAUGGGUCCACGGAUACAAUCUACACCAGGGCCCCGCAAACCCCAGGUACGACCCUGACCCUCAACGAGCAGACCCCAGGUACGACCCUGACCCUCAACCAGCAGACCCCAGGUACGACCCUGACCCUCAACCAGCAGACCCCAGGUACGACCCUGACCCUCAACCAGCAGACCCCAGAUCAAGACACUGGUAGUGAAACCCCAGACAGCAGUGACACAAACUCAGUGGAGCUUAUUUCCCCUCAGGGUGAGGCCUCCAGUGAUGACAAAUCAAUAGUUUUUCCUAUUCAGGGCCGCUGCUGGCCAAAUGGGUGCCCUAAGCAGGAUUGUAUUGUUUUGCCCACAUUCCACAAACAUUAUGAUGGAAUGAAAACAUCUAAUAUAGUGGUGAAAAUAGAAACUGUUUAAUAAAUUAUAUUAUUU